AUGCAGGCAUUAAUAAUUACAAUAUGCCUGAUUCACGGAUUUGCCUACUCAAAACUAAUAAGAACAAAGAGAGCUACGGAUUCAGAAGCCUUUAUGAAUGUUUUAUCCUUAAGGUCAGAUAUGAAACCUGUAGUAUUUCUCCAGCAUGGUUUGCUAGGAGAUGGAAGCAACUGGGUUACCAACUUCGCCCACAACAGUUUGGGUUUCAUCCUUGCCGAUGCUGGAUUUGAUGUUUGGAUUGGAAACAGCAGGGGGAAUAUUUGGUCCAGAAGUCACCAAAAUCUGUCUGUGAAUGAAGAUGAAUUUUGGGCUUUCAGCUUUGAUGAAAUGGCAAAGUAUGAUCUUCCAGCUGUCGUCAAUUUCAUUCUAAAGAAAACUGGCCAACAACAGUUGUACUAUGUUGGCUACUCACAGGGUGCUGGAUUAG